CAAAACAAAACGCGUUAUUUUACAAAAAGAAUUAUUCAGCCAAACAGAGAAUUAAUAGUAUCUUUUAGCCGAAAAUCGAAUCGAAAUAGGAAUAUUUUGGUAGAAGUUUCCGUGGCGUUGAAGAACCCAAUUGAAUAUCACCGCGUUAAGCAAACCAAACCAAAACCCUAAAUUCAAAACUCUCUCAGCGUUUCUUUAUCUCUUCUCUAGUGCGCUCUUUCUCACAGAUUCAAUUUCAAAUUUGAAGAACGAUGAAGAGAGUUUUUGGCGUAAAAAAGAACAAGGAACCACCUCCUUCAAUUGAAGAUGCUAACGAUAGGAUUACGAAACGAGGUGAUACCGUGGAUGAGAAGAUUAAGAAGCUUGAUGUUGAACUUAAUAGAUAUAAAGAACAGAUUAAGAAAACAAGACCUGGUCCUGCUCAGGAAGCUGUUAAAGCUAGAGCCAUGCGAGUUCUUAAACAGAAGAGAAUGUAUGAAGGGCAGCGUGACAUGCUGUACAAUCAGACAUACAAUCUUGAUCAAGUUCAGUUUGCUGCUGAAGGAAUUAAAGAUGCUCAACAAACUAUGUCAGCGUUGAAGUCUGCCAACAAGGAAUUGAAGGGAAUGAUGAAAACUGUGAAGAUCCAAGACAUUGAUAACUUGCAAGAUGAGAUGAUGGACCUGAUGGAUGUAAGUAAUGAAAUCCAAGAGACUCUGGGUAGAAGCUAUAGUGUUCCUGAUGACAUUGACGAGGAGGAACUUAUGGGCGAACUUGAUGCACUGGAAGCAGACAUGGAAAAUGAAUCUGAAGGAGUCCCCUCCUACCUCCAACCUGAUAAAGAACCUGAUUUUGACGCAGAGCUUAACUUACCUUCAGCUCCAACAGGACAAACAGUUUUGCCACAUGGAAGAUCCAAUCCCCAACCUGAAGAUGAACUCGGGUUACCUGCUGUCCCUCGAGCCUCUCUACGUGGUUAAAGAAAGCUUUUUAUUUCAUUGGUGUAGCUAGUGCAUGCACGAGCAAGACCCUGUAAAGUUGUGUAGAACUUGAUAACAUUGAUUAAUACAGUGAUUUCAUUGGCAUUAUUUGUAUGGAAGCACUAUGACAAAACUUAGAAUUGGUUGUGUACACCUUCGUAAUAUCAAUUUUAUGGUCUGAAUCAUAAUAUGUAUUUUUCCUUUCA